AUGAGCGACAUUAUAGGUAAAGUAUAUCAAUCAUUGCAAUCGUGUGACCCUCAUUCUAUUAAGAUAUAUAUUAACGAUCAUGAGUAUAAUACAAAUCUUUAUAUUGGAAUGGCAAUUUGCAAUACAAUUCAAAAUGAAUUUUAUUUAAAUCAAUCAACGAAAGAAUUUAGAUUCUAUACAAACAUUACUGACAAUAAUACAUAUGAUGUACUUGAAAAGAUAUUUAGAUUACAAAUUCCAGAGAAUGUCGAAGAUAAUAUUGCUUGUGACCUUUUGAAUCUUGGAGAAGUAAUGAAAAGUGAAUCAUUAAUGUCUUUCUUUAUGAAAAAAUUUCAAAAUGAUGAAUACAAUUCGGAAAACAUACUUAUAAAUGUUAAAUAUUGCAAACAAAUUGGAUACAGCGAAAAAAUAUUCGAUUUCAUAUGUGAAAACAUCGAUUCAAUCAACCAUGACGAACUAAUAAAUUCUAUUGUAGAAGCUGGAUUAGAUUUUGCAGAAAAAUUAUUGAUUCAUUUCAAGAACAGAAAUAAAAACUCAAAUGAUAUCAUAUUCUCCCUGAUAAAUAAAAAUGCAAUUUUCAUUGAUACAAUUUCAUAUCUCAAUGAUGAAUAUAUUGAAAUCAGAGAUGCUAAAGAUUCAUUGAAAGAUUUAUCUGGACGAUCAUCAAUCAUAGCAAUUUUCAAAACUAUUUUAGAUCAAAGAAAAGAAAAAGAAAAUAGAAUUCAAGAAUUUGAACAAAAGAAUAUAAGUCUUGAUAAUGAAUUAUCUAAAUUAAAAGAAGAAAUAGAAAACAUUAAACAAGAAAACUCAGAUAUGCAAAAUGAAUUAACAACAUUACGCAUAGAAAUUGGAAGAAUUAAACAAGAUAACUCAAAUAAAGAUAAUGAAUUAGCAAAAUUAAAGAGAAAAAAAAGGAUCUUUAUAUGA